GGCGGCCGCAGCCUCAGCCACAGCUUCGGCGGCGAAGGUCAGCGCCGACGGCAGCCGGCACCUGACGGCGUGACCGACCCGAGCCGAUUUCUCUUGGAUUUGGCUACAGAGUUCUAAAUCUUCUGCACUGUGUACAGACACGGUUGCUGAUAUGUGUUCAAGAUGAGUGGGAUGGGAGAAAAUACCUCUGACCCAUCCAGGGCAGAGACAAGGAAGCGCAAGGAAUGUUCUGACCAGCUUGGACCCAGCCCCAAAAGGAGCACUGAGAAACGUAAUCGUGAACAGGAAAAUAAAUACAUAGAAGAGCUUGCAGAGCUGAUUUUUGCAAAUUUUAAUGAUAUAGACAACUUUAACUUCAAACCUGACAAAUGUGCAAUCUUAAAAGAAACUGUGAAGCAAAUUCGUCAGAUCAAAGAACAAGAGAAAGCCGCAGCUGCCAACAUAGAUGAAGUGCAGAAGUCAGAUGUAUCAUCUACAGGGCAGAGUGUCAUCGACAAGGAUGCACUGGGGCCUAUGAUGCUGGAGGCCCUUGAUGGGUUCUUCUUUGUAGUGAACUUGGAAGGCAAUGUGGUAUUUGUUUCCGAGAAUGUGACACAGUACCUAAGGUAUAACCAAGAAGAGCUGAUGAACAAAAGUGUCUAUACCAUUCUUCAUGUUGGGGACCACACUGAAUUCAUCAAAAACCUGCUGCCAAAGUCUAUAGUGAAUGGAGGAUCUUGGUCUGGUGAACCUCCCAGGCGGAACAGCCAUACCUUCAAUUGCCGGAUGCUGGUAAAGUCUUUGCCAGAUUCAGAAGAGGAAGGCCAUGAUAACCAGGAAGCACAUCAGAAAUAUGAAACUAUGCAGUGCUUUGCUGUCUCUCAACCAAAGUCCAUCAAGGAAGAAGGGGAAGAUUUGCAGUCCUGCUUGAUAUGUGUGGCAAGAAGAGUUCCAAUGAAGGAAAGACCGGUUCUUCCCUCAUCAGAAAGUUUUACUACUCGCCAGGAUCUCCAAGGCAAGAUCACUUCGCUGGAUACCAGCACCAUGAGGGCGGCCAUGAAACCAGGCUGGGAGGAUCUGGUGAGGAGAUGCAUUCAGAAGUUCCAUGCCCAGCAUGAAGGGGAGUCUUUAUCCUAUGCUAAGCGGCAUCAUCAUGAAGUGCUCAGACAAGGACUGGCAUUCAGUCAAAUCUAUCGUUUUUCCUUGUCCGACGGCACUCUUGUUGCUGCCCAAACGAAGAGCAAGCUCAUCCGUUCUCAGACUACUAAUGAACCUCAGCUCGUAAUAUCUUUACAUAUGCUUCACAGAGAGCAGAAUGUUUGUGUAAUGAAUCCGGAUCUGACUGGACAAGCUAUGGGGAAGCCAUUGAAUGCAAUUAGCUCUGGCAGCCCUGCCCAUCAGGCCAUGUGCAGUGGGAACCCAGGUCAGGACAUGACCCUCAGUAGCAAUAUAAAUUUUCCCAUAAAUGGCCCAAAGGAACAAAUGGGCAUGCCCAUGAGCAGGUUCGGUGGUUCUGGGGGAAUGAACCAUGUGUCAAGCAUGCAAGCAGCCACUCCUCAGGGUAGUAACUAUGCACUCAAAAUGAACAGUCCCUCACAAAGCAGCCCUGGGAUGAACCCAGGACAGCCCAACUCCAUGCUUUCCCCGAGGCAUCGCAUGAGCCCUGGAGUGGCUGGAAGCCCUCGAAUCCCACCCAGUCAGUUUUCCCCUGCAGGAAGUUUGCAUUCCCCUGUGGGAAUUUGCAGCAGCACAGGAAAUAGCCAUAGUUACACCAACAGUUCCCUCAAUGCACUUCAGGCCCUCAGUGAGGGUCAUGGGGUCUCAUUAGGGUCAUCGUUGGCUUCCCCGGACCUAAAGAUGGGUAAUUUGCAAAACUCCCCAGUUAAUAUGAAUCCUCCCCCACUUAGCAAGAUGGGAAGCUUAGACUCCAAAGAUUGUUUUGGACUUUAUGGGGAGCCAUCUGAAGGUACAACUGGACAAGCAGAGGGCAGCUGCCAUCCUGGGGAGCAGAAGGAAACAAAUGAUUCCAACCUGCCCCAGCCUGGGAGCAGCGAGAGGCCUGAUGGACAGAGCAGACUGCAUGACAGCAAAGGGCAGACCAAACUCCUGCAGCUGUUGACCACCAAAUCGGAUCAGAUGGAGCCUUCGCCCUUAGCCACUUCUUUGUCGGACGCAAACAAGGACUCCACGAGUAGCUUGCCUGGUUCCGGGUCAACACAUGGGACUUCACUCAAGGAGAAGCAUAAAAUUUUGCACAGACUCUUACAGGACAGCAGUUCCCCUGUGGACUUGACUAAGUUAAUCGCAGAAGCCACAGGCAAAGAGUUGAACCAGGAGUCCAGCAGCACAGCUCCGGGUUCAGAAGUGACUAUUAAACAGGAGCCAGUGAGCCCUAAGAAAAAAGAAAAUGCACUACUUCGCUACUUGCUAGAUAAAGAUGAUACUAAAGAUAUUGGUUUACCAGAAAUCACCCCCAAACUUGAGCGACUGGACAGUAAGACAGAUCCUGCCAGUAACACAAAAUUAAUAGCUUUGAAAACUGAGAAGGAGGAGAUGAGCUUUGAGCCUGGUGACCAGCCUGGCAGUGAGCUGGACAACUUGGAGGAGAUUUUGGAUGAUUUGCAGAAUAGUCAGUUACCACAGCUUUUCCCGGAGACCAGGCCAGGCGCCUCCACUGGAUCAGUUGACAAGCAAGCCAUCAUCAAUGACCUCAUGCAACUCACAGCUGAGAACAGCCCGGUUACACCUGUUGGAACCCAGAAAACAGCACUGAGGAUUUCACAGAGCACUUUUAAUAACCCACGACCAGGGCAACUGGGCAGGUUAUUGCCAAACCAGAAUUUACCACUUGACAUCACAUUGCAAAGCCCAACUGGUGCUGGACCUUUCCCACCAAUAAGAAACAAUAGUCCAUACUCAGUGAUACCUCAGCCAGGAAUGAUGGGUAAUCAAGGGAUGAUAGGAAACCAAGGAAAUUUAGGGAACAGUAGCACAGGAAUGAUGGCUAGUAAUCCUGCCCGGCCCACCAUGCCAUCUGGAGAAUGGGCACCACAGAGUUCUGCUGUGAGAGCUACAUGUGCUGCUACCACCAGUGCCAUGAAUCGGCCAAUCCAAGGAGGGAUGAUUCGGAACCCAACAGCCAGCAUCCCCAUGAGACCCAACAGCCAGCCUGGCCAAAGACAGAUGCUUCCAUCUCAGGUCAUGAACAUAGGGCCAUCUGAAUUAGAGAUGAAUAUGGGCGGACCUCAGUAUAGCCAACAGCAAGCUCCUCCAAAUCAGACUGCCCCGUGGCCUGACAGCAUCCUGCCUAUUGACCAGGGUUCUUUUGCCAGCCAGAACAGGCAGCCCUUUGGCAACUCUCCUGAUGAAUUGAUGUGUCCACAUCCUGCAUCAGAGUCCCCAAGUGAUGAGGGGGCCCUCCUGGAUCAGCUGUACUUGGCCCUGCGGAACUUUGAUGGCCUGGAGGAAAUUGACAGAGCUUUGGGUAUACCCGAGCUGGUCAGCCAGAGCCAAGCAGUGGAUCCAGAGCAGUUCUCAAGUCAGGAUUCGAGCAUCGUAAUGGAGCAGAAGGCCCCCGUUUUCCCACAGCAGUAUGCAUCGCAGGCACAGAUGGCCCAAGGGAGCUAUUCCCCGAUGCAAGAUCCGAACUUCCACACCAUGGGACAACGACCUAGCUAUGCCACACUCCGAAUGCAGCCUAGACCAGGCCUCCGGCCCACAGGCCUCGUGCAGAACCAGCCAAACCAACUGAGACUUCAGCUCCAGCAUCGCCUCCAAGCACAGCAGAAUCGCCAGCCAAUUAUGAAUCAAAUCAACAAUGUUUCAAAUGUGAAUUUGACUCUGAGGCCUGGAGUACCAACACAGGGACCCAUUAAUGCACAGAUGCUGGCCCAGAGACAGAGGGAAAUCCUGAACCAGCAUCUUCGACAAAGACAAAUCCAUCAGCAACAGCAAGUUCAGCAACGAACUUUGAUGAUGAGAGGACAAGGGUUGAAUAUGACACCAAGCAUGGUGGCUUCUGGUGGGAUACCAGCAACUAUGAGCAACCCCCGGAUUCCCCAGGCAAAUGCACAACAGUUUCCAUUUCCUCCAAACUACGGAAUAAGUCAGCAACCUGAGGCAGGUUUCACUGGGGCUACCACUCCCCAGAGUCCUCUGAUGUCACCCAGAAUGGCGCAUACCCAGAGUCCCAUGAUGCAGCAGUCUGCGGCUAACCCAGCCUAUCAGGCCUCCUCAGACAUGAAUGGGUGGGCGCAGGGCAGUAUGGGUGGAAACAGCAUGUUUUCCCAGCAGUCCCCACCACACUUUGGGCAGCAAGCAAACACCAGCAUGUACAAUAACAACAUGAACAUCAAUGUAUCCUUGGCGACCAAUUCAAGUGGUCUGAACAACAUGAACCAGAUGACAGGACAGAUCAGCAUGACCUCAGUGACCUCUGUGCCUACAUCAGGGCUGUCCUCCAUGGGUCCCGAGCAGGUUAACGAUCCUGCUCUGAGGGGAGGCAACCUGUUCCCAAACCAGCUGCCUGGAAUGGAGAUGAUUAAGCAAGAGGGAGAUGCAUCACGGAAAUACUGCUGACACCGAAGGUAGCUGGUUGCCUCUUUUCUUCAGCUGACUGGGCUCACUUACUCAAAACACUUAGCAGUCUGGAGAGCUGCAUCCACUUGUUCUGACCCACUGACCUGCCAGCCAGUUCUGCCAGAGCGCGGUCCGAAGCCAGGCCUCAGCUCUGCGCCAGCUCGGAGUACUCGCCGCUGUGCGGGAGAAGCUGCCUCUUCUCUUGACAGUCUGAAGCUCACGUCCAGACAGUUGCUCAGUCUGUUCACUGCAUUCACCUUAGUGCAACUUAGAUCUCUCCUGCAAAGUAAAUGUUGACAGGCAAAUUUCAUACCCAUGUCAGAUUGAAUGUAUGUAUGUAUUUAAGGAAAACACCCAUGUUCUUGUUCUCUUCCUCUUUGCUUCCAGACACUGGUUUCUUGCUUUGUUUUCUCUGGCUAUUCAUUCAAGUACAAGAGAGUAAGAUUUUAUCUGGGAAGGGGGAAAAAUUUAAAAAUUAAAAUCUUCAAGUGUUUUAAGAGAACGCCUGCAUUUAGUUUGGAUAAAGGCAGAGCAGGCACCACAGACAGUGCCCAAGGACUCAAGUACCCAGUAAAUGGAGACCAGUAAAGUCACAUAUUGUCUUCAUAGAAAGCUCUUUAAAGAAUAGAAAGCAUUUCCAGUUAUUGAACAAAUGAAAAGGAGUCUGUUAGGGCUGUUACUGUUAACAACUAUUGUUUCCUUUUUUCUUCUUCAAAGAAAGCCAAACUAGUUCACCUAACCCGUGAAUCAAGAAGAAACAUUUUUCAUCCAAAUUAUGUGGCCAUUAAAUUGUUUCACACAAAACAGCAUCUCCCUUUCCCCAGCUAGCCAGGCUACUUCUUAACUUUCCACAUCUCUGGCUUCCUCAUUUCUCUCCACUUUCAUUCACUGUUGUAAAGUAAUAUGUGUACAGAAACCAGGUAAGCCCUUUAUUUCCUUAAAUGUUUUGCUAGCCACUUAUCAGUUUGUUAACUAUUGCGUUUCGGAAAAAUGCAUUUACUGCACGGAGAAGAGCAAAGUUAGGACUUGAUACUGAUCAAGCUAAGGAUACCUGCUCUGGAAACAUAUUUAUUCUGUUCCCCAAGCAACUCUGGCCUACAAAACGGGAGAAAAUACUAGUGUGUUUAAAAUUUACAGCAGAUAUCACUACAGAUUUGACCAUCAUCAUGUGUUUUUUAUUUUGUUUUUUAGCAGUGCUAAGCCGAAGUUUUGUAAGGUACAUAAAAUCCAAUUUAUAUGUAAACAAGCAAUAAUUUAAGUUGAGAACUUAAGUGUUUUAAUUGUAUAAUUUUUGUGAGGUAUACAUAUUGUGGAAUUGACUAAAAAAAUGAGGUACUUCAGUAUUAAAUUAGAUAUCUUCAUAGCAAUGUCUCCUAAAGAUGUUUUGUAAAGGAUCUCAAUGCCUUGAUUAGACCUAAUUUGUAGACUUAAGACUUUUUAUUUUCUAAACCUCGUGAUUCUGCUCAUAAAUCAUUAAUCUAUAUGAUAUGCAGCCGCUGUAGGAACCAAUUCUUGAUUUUUAUAUGUUUAUAUUCUUUCUUAAUGAACCUUAGAAAGACUACAUGUUACUCAGCAGGUCACUUUUCUGGUUGUUUUU